GAGUUUAAGCACAGUCAGAGUACUAUAGGAAUCCGGACUAAAACACAAAAAUAAAAUGCUAUCGAGAUAUCAACAAUUAUUGCUCGUCAUUGGACUGUGUUUGAGCGUGGCCAGAGCGGAUGUGGACUGCAGCAAGAGGCCGAAGUUUGUGGAACCCAAAGUCUGUUGUCCUCUUCCCGAAUUUGUGACUCCGGAAUUGAAAGAAAAAUGCCAGGAGUAUAAAACAACAGCACUUGCACCUCCUCUGCCCAUGUCCGGGGAACAGGACAUCGAGGGAAGGCGUCCUCAUCAUCACCAUCUUCCAUCUCCCUGCUUCGUCUCCUGCGUCUUCAAUGAGACUGGAUUCUACGAGGACAACAAAGUGGAUCAGGACAAGCUAAAGGAAUUUCUGCGACUGAUAUACAAGGAUAAUGAUGAGCUCCAGACUUUGGCCAGCGAUGCCUUUAACAGUUGUGCCUCAAGGAUUGACGAGUUCAAGGACAAGAAGGGUAGUCGCCCCCCACGUCCUUCUCCACCGCCCGGUGCUCCCCUCUGUCCAAUGAGACCAGCCUUUUUAAUGCGUUGCGUCUAUAGGAAGAUCUUGAAGGAUUGUCCGGCACCUAUUUGGAAUGAUACCCAGGAAUGCAACGAUGCUCGGGAAUAUUUUGACAACUGCAAGCCUUUAAAUCGUCGUCCCUCAAACGACGAAAAUUAAAUUUUACACCCAAUUUCCUCCACUAAAUACCUCAAUUUUAAAAUGCAAUAUUAUAACUAAUAAUCCCUCACAUAAAAAUAAAUAAAAGAAGAUUUAGCAAAGUUA